AUGGCGUUCUUAAAUAAACAUCCACACGGACACUACCGUGCAUAUCAUACGCGUUGUUAUUGUGCUACUUUUGAGCUUCACCCUCAUCCACACUCCAUCAACGCAUCAACGACCGGCUUACCGCAACCACAGCACCAGAAUCGCCGUAGCCGUGUAAAUCACAAUUCGACAACUGUAUGUGGCAAUACUCAAAUUGCAAAAAAAACUAUAUUAGAGGAGCUAAUGGGCCAAUUCUCUGAUGAUGAUGAGGACGAAUUUACUCGUUAUUUGUCAGAGACUCAAAUAAAUAAUAACGAGAAACCAUGUUUAUGGUGGAAAGCACGGGAAACUGUAUAA